GGAAGUGAGAAAUGGCAUUUACCUGUUUCUGCUUCCUGGGUAGGAAAAAGGAGAUUGUGGACAGUAGGAGCUGGGCAUCCCCCGCCCCUCACCUCUUUCUUUCUCCCUCCCACUGCCCUUUUCUCGUGCCGUGUAUUGGCUCCAUCCGUGCUGCCGUAUUCCUGCCGCCGAUCCCGGGAGCUGAGGUCCUGAAAGGCGCUUUCCCACCCACCGACUGUCGUAUUUCCUACUCAGGGGGCCUCCGUUCCUCCAGCCGGCGACUCUCGCUGACCUGGCGAAGGGGUGAGGGCACGAGGGCUUCAGCUAGCCCCAAUCCCAACCACCUGCCCCCAGAUCCUCGGGCUCCAGGACCCGGCAUGGCCCCUAAGAAGAAGAAGGUGGCCGUGGCGGGGGCCAGGACGGUCCUCCCUUGGGGGGAAGCGGGCGAGCCCUUGCUGGCGGAGCGGGUCCAGUACCUGCAGCAGGAGAACGCGGCGCUGAGCGAGCAGCUGAGAACCUGGCUGGCCCAGGUGAAGCGCAUGCUGUGGGAGAACGAGUUUCUGGACUGCGAGGCGCAGCGCAUCCGCGAGGAGAACAAGCUGUUCGUGGCCUACGUGGGCAUGCGGGCCCACCGCUGCCAGGCCACCGUGGUCACCCUGGACGGCCAGUACCGCCAGGAGCUGGGCCUGCUGCGGGGCCAGCGGGAGGAACUGGAGGCCACGUACCGGGACAAGGAGAAGGAGGUGCGGGCCCAGCUGCUCGACAUGGAGUCGCGCUUCGCCCAGAUGGCCCGGGAGGUGUCCGAGCUUCAGCCCUACAAGGCCCUGCAGCGGGAACAGCAGGCCCGGAUCCGGGGGCUGGAACGACAGCUGCUCCAGGCGCGCCUGGAGCACACGCGCCAGAUGCACCACAUCAAGAGCCGCUUCCUGGAGACCAAGGCGAGCCGGGAGCGCCAGGCCCGCCAGCAGAUCCACGCGCUGGCCCGGCGGGCGGAGCGGGAGGCCGUGCGUGCCCUCAUCCAGCACACGCAGGCCAUCAAGGCCGAGAACAACCACCUGCGGCAGGAGCUGCUCACCCUCAUCAACCGAGCCCGCCUGCUCUAUGACGCCCGGCAGGAGCUGCGGGAGCAGCGGGAGCUGCUCCGGUGGGAGAGCGGCUUCGGGCGGGACCUGGCCCAGGCCCACGGCUGGCUGCACCGAAGCCCCCGCCCGGACGUCGACCCUCCCGCUCCGCCUCCCCCAGCCCGGCCUCCGCCCGCCCUUCCCGGGCGAGCGGUCCGGCCCCCGGGGUCCCGCUUCCGACCUGGAGCGUGGCAAGGAGGAGAAGGAGGAGGAGAAGAUGGCACGCUAAGGGAGAGCGCCCUUCCCGGCCGUUAGAGCCGCAGAGGCGGGGAUGCCAAUAAAGUUCUCUACUGUAGAGC